AUGGCGGCGCCCGCGCUGGAGCGGCUCCUGACGGAGCUUUUGGAACCGGACAGCGCCGGGAUUCGCCAGGCCACGGCGAAGCUGAGGGAGGCGCUGGAGGAGCCUGAGGGGAGCGAAGGCCUCGCGGUGCUGCUGAGGGAGGCGGAGACGCCGCAGGUCCGAAAUUUGGCCGCGGUUUUGCUCCGGAGGCUCCUCAGGAAACUCCCUCAGGAAUUGAUUGACAGGCGUCGCUGCGGUUCCUGGGCGUGGCUCUGGGCGUGGCCGGCCCCGCCCUUUCCGGCCGUGGCUCCGCCCUUUCCGGGCUGUUCCGGGGGGGGCUCCGAGCCCGGAGCGAUCCCGGAAUCCUCGGAGCCGCCCUGGGAGCCCUGGGGGCGCUGGCGGCCGCCGUGGGACCCAAAAAAAACCAAAUUCCUUCAAUCUCUGGUCCCUGAAAUCCUCCAGGCUCUCCAGGACCUCCUGAACAUGGAUGAGGAUCGCGGCGCCGACGCUCUGGAAGUCCUGGAUGAAUUCUUGGAAGCCAAUCCUGAAUCCCUGAUCCCGCACCUGAGGCCCAUGCUGGAGCUUUGCCUGCAGGUGGCCGGGGACGAGUGCAGGGGCGACGCCGUGCGGGUUCGUGCGCUGGCCACCGUGACCUUCCUGGCCCAGAAGAGACCCAGGGCUUUGCUCCGAGGGAACCUCCUCCCUCUGGUCCUCAGGGGGCUCCUGGUCCCUCUUUGCGCCGAAAUCCGCCCGGAAAAUCCCGAUCCCGAGGAAAUUUGGGAUGAGGAUGAAGGAGGACAGGGGCCCUGCCCCCGCCACGCCGCCGCCCAGGCUUUGGACGCUCUGGCUCAGGGGCUGCCCCCGGAAAAGCUGCUGAAAGAAGUGUUGCCGUUGCUGGAGGGGCCGGGCCGGGGCGGUUCCGCCGGCGGCCGCAAGGGGGCGCUGUUGGCGCUGGCGGCGCUGGCGCGCGGCUGCGGCGCCGCCCUGCGGCAGCGGUUCCUGGCCCCGGUGCUGGGGGCCCUGCGGGGGGGCCUGGGAGACCCCGACGGCGCCGUCAGGGGGGCGGCGGCGGCGGCGCUGAGGGAGCUGAGGGAGCAGCUGCAGCCCGAGCUGGCUCAGGUGGCGGCCGAGGCCCUCCCGAGGAUUUUGGGGGAAUUUUGGGGCUCCCAGAAUUCCCAAAAUUCCCCAAAUCCCGACCCCAAAUCCUGGUUCGUGCUGGAGACGCUGCUGGAGGCGCUGGGGGAGGGGGUGCAGCCCUGGCUGCCCCAGGUGAUUCCCAGGAUUUUGGGAGCUUUGGAGGCGUCGGAGCCGGAGCGGAGCCGGGAGCUGGCGCUGAGCGCGCUGCACACGCUGGCCUGCAGCUCCGGGACUCUGGAUCUCCCCUCCCCCGCCCUGGGAGCCGUCACCGCCCUGGCCCGGGGGGGACCCCACCAGUUACAGGCACUGGAGGUGCUGGCGGCGCUGGGCCCGGCCGUGGUGGGGGAGGGGCUGCUGGAGGCUCUGGAGCGGGGGCUGGGCCUGGCCCCGGGGGACCCUGAGGCCACCAGGGUGAGGUGAGUGACGCAAUUCCCGGAAUUCCCGGAAUUCCCAGAAAUCCC